AUGACUAUCAACAAAUCGGCAAUCCAGGCCGACAGGUCGGGUGGCGAUCGUUCACUAGCGCUCGAGGUGGUGGACCGUAUGCGGCACGUACUGGUCCCGUUGCACGGUCAAGUGGAGCAAUCCCUGGUGGAGGGCGUUACGGAUGUAAAGGUUAAUGUGACGCAGCUCAUCUCACAGCUAGAAACUAGGGUGAUCGUACAGAAGGCGGAUCACGUGCGGCAAGCGCUCGAUCAGGAGGAGCAGAUGCUCGACUACGUCCGAACGCACCACAUCGACGACGGCUGCAUCGAUCUCAUCUACGAGCUGAUUGACGACGACAUGGACAUUGCCGGGUACGGUAUCAGCAACUGUCUCGUCAGCCGUGUGGCCGAUGGGGUGCAGAAGGAAAUUGACGCCCUGCGUGCCGACGGACUGUGGCCCGAGUACCGCUGGUUAAACGUUAGCUUGUUUGAGGUUUUCGAGAACGGAAAUGUGAUUAGCGAUCCUGCGGUGCUGCUGACCCGGCUGGACGAGAAGCAAGAGAUUUUGGAGGACGACAGCGUGCUCGAUUUUCUGCCGGAAAUGGAGCAAAAUAUUGAGCUUUUUCAGCAGCGGCUAGCCACCAUCGAAACGGCCUACGCACAGUGUCUGCAGAUCAACCUGAGCACGCUGAAUAUGGCGUUCGAGAUUGUGAAAAUGCAAAUCACACAAAUUUGCUACUGA